UAGAGCAUUAAUUAGAGUAACAGAGCGUGUCCAUCUCUCCCCUAAUAUAAUAUCUUUGCUUCUUUCUUCCUCUCCAUUUAGUUACUGAUGUAUUUGGGUAGGAAGAAGCCGAGUUCAGAGCAUGCAGCCCACAUUAAGAGGUUCCUUAACAUGAGCAACGAGCCACUGAGGAGGCUAAAAGCACUCAGGAAUGGACUGGAUAAAGUAUCAGUUGGUGAGUGUAAGCAGAUUCUAUCAGAAUAUUCAGCAGCUGCUUUUUACGUGUUCCAUUCCUCGUUCACUAUGAUGGAGUCACAGAUCAGAGAGAGAGUUUCAAAAGGGAGAGCUAUUAGUGACCAGCUAAGAGAAAUGAUGGAAGUUAUAUUACCAUCACUUGAGAGACUAAUUAUACUAUUGCCCGAACUAGUACAACAGAAGUGGCAGUACAACUCAAUAUGUCUUAUAAUUAGGAAGUUACUUCAUCCUGACAAUACAAUAGAGUUGAGACAGUAUGGUAUCAAGCUGAUAGUCCUCUGGUUACAAUCCUUACAAGAUAAAGCAGGAGACGCUUGUAUUGAGCUACUGGCCUCGGCCAUCCCUCACUUCCCUCCCAAGAAGACACCACUGGGACUACCCAUGGAGACCACACCCCUAACCACACCCUCAUCAUCACACUCACUCUGCGAGAGAUACGGGCGGUAUUCAAGUAACGAGACACCUCCUGAUCGCCAUGACUGGGUAUCGACGAGGAUUAUUCAGCCAUUAUGUGUGGCACAGAAUGUAUCGUCAGAUCCAGCUCUUUCACUAAUGGAGUACCUACUGACCACACUCACCACUCAAGUUGGUAGAUUAAAAUGGACUGAUCCUGCUAAUCACGCCAAAGGUUUCUCGUUUUUAUUCUUUCAGUUUAAGUUGUUUUAUCUGGUCUGCCUCUACAAGAACUUCAGAUCUGAUGCCGGACUCUAUUCACCAAUACCUCCUCCCACCAUUAAGUUACCUUCUGUCAAUAUGGUGAGUCCUCCUGCCCCUCCAGCUAUCAAGAGGAGUGAUGAGUCUGAGGGGGUGUGGCAGAAACAGCCGGCCAGCUCUAAGCAUGCGUCAAGCGUUAGUGCAGUCAUCAAGUUGGACUAUGACACAUCUGAUCCAAUUUAUGAUACACUGAGGCAACUGAUACUGAAAUUCGUAUUGAAAUGGAUAAUGCCAGGUUUCCACAGUAACAGGCCUGGUAGCAUACAGCCUAAGGUAGCUAGCCCCAGUCCAGCUCUGGCCAGCAGUGAUCAGUCCUUCACUCCAGAGCCACAGGAGAUGAUGAGGGGGAUGUGGCUAUCAUCCCGUGACAAUGUCAACCUUCUCUUUGAGAUAUGUCAUCAAGCUUUUCAUCUGCCGUUGUCUCAUCCAGGGGUUGUUAAUAAACUAACUGAAUUAUAUUCAUCAUGGGUACAGAUGAUGGUAAAUUAUCAAAGAUAAAUCAAGGGAUGCUGAAGGAGUGUUAUUCAUCAUUAAUUAUAUUAUUAAUUGAAGGGGCUCGCACUGACACUGAUACCACCGGAAUGAGGUCAUUAGAGGAUUGUAAAUUAACUCCUGAGCAUUAGUGACACUUUAUAAUUUAGUUAAUGGAUUUAGUUGCAUUAGUAAUCAUCUCUUUCUUUUUCCCUUCUUUGUUAUUUUAUAUUUUGUAAGAUAAUAAAGCUAAGCUAAGAGCAAAGUUAGGUAGAAUUUGUUCAUCAUUUCCUUAUCUCAUUGACGUCAACUGGAGAUUAGAUUAUUAUAUUAAGAGUAAUCAUUUGGAAAGAGUUGACAAACCAGUGUAUAUGAUCAGUCUUAAUACUGAGGAAAGAAGAAAGUUGUUAUGUUUAGUUCCACAUAAGACUGCAAGUAGAGGGAGAGAGACUUGUAAGUAUUGUUUACAUUUUAGGAUUUCGUUGGAAAGUUGAAAGAUGCUGUAAAGUCACUUGAAAACUUUACUUCGCAAUAAUUAAUAUAAACUUAAUAUUUUUGUACUUGUGGUACUUGUGUGUGGUAUUCUAUGGUAUAGUUCCAAGAAUCAGGAUUCACUUUUCAGAGUAAA